UGCCUUAUUCACGUCUCUCUUCUUCCCCUUCCUUCUUUCUGUUCCAUUUAUUAUGGCGGGCAACAUGAUCUUUUCCCCUUGCCCCAUCUUCACCCCACUUCCUGGAUGUGGUUGCAUUUGCGGCUGCUGCGCUGCUCCGAUACAGUACAGUACCAUAGUUUGCCAGGUCUUGUCGCACCUUCCCAACAAUCACCCCACCACCUCAAAUCGUAUUCGAUAUGAGUACAAGACAUUGUGACUAUAUUUGUUAUAUAAGUUUCUAUCCUGGGGAUGACAUACGUAACUCUAGUCUCCCGCCGCCCCAAUCCCUACUUACGACCGCAGCUAUUCCCUCAAUCCCGGACAUCAGAGACAAAUCCAUCUCUCAUCACUCUUCUCACCAGGAUAUAAAACUCUCCAACCCCCAAAAAGCAUCAAGCCGAUGAGGUGACUUCCCCGGUCCAACCAAUAGUAUCCUCAAACACCCUCCUUCCAGUGCAUGGAGCCCCACGCUGUGGCUUAAGACGCCAAUUCCUAAGAGUCAUCGAUUCGAUUCGUCUUUUCACAUGUUUUGGUCUUAAUCUUAGGCGAGCUUGGGUUGGGGGCACCACACCCUCUUCUACGUCGCUACUACUAGAAACGAGUCAAGAUAUCAGAACCGGGGAACUCCUCAUGCUUCCCCUUGGCCUUACGGGACAGAUAAGACUUGUAUUACCAACGUGCUUCUGCCCUGCUUCACACCAACCUCGUUAAAUGCUUCUUCCUUCCUUUCACGGCGCAGAAGCUUCCAUAGGCCUUCUCUAAAGCUGGGGGAGAGCGUGGGACAAUGCUGCAAGCGAGCGGCUCGAGCUGCAUUCACCUUGCAUCUGAGCUAGUUCACCGCAUCUUCCUCCAAAUGUUGUUUUUGACGUCAACAGACAGACGUUCGAACAAGUCGACACCAGAAAUGACAUGUUCAGUGAAGCCAUCAGUUUCCGUUGAGACUGAGGAAAUUUCAAGAACAGAAAAUCAGGCCGCCGCUCUGGACAGUGUCAAGGGUAUGCCUCGCUGUCCGAAGCAAGUGCACGACAUCGCGCGUUGCAUACCCACUAUAAAUUCCGUUAUCGAUAAGGCGAUGAGGUAUGGAGGGGUAGUUUCGUAGGCACCUGAAUCGACCGAGUAGGAUAUGCUCGCAUAGGCGCGGAUAAAUCGCGAAUAAUGCCUUUGCCUGUAAUCAAUCGCCUGCAAUAUUUGCACUUCUGGCUGUUUCAAAAUCCCUGUCUCUUUGUGUAAUGGUUGAGCCUCUCAAGUUGUUAGAACCGGGUCUGAUGCCAUCGUGGAUUGAAAUUCAAUGGCUUAAUAACAAACCUCUCAUCUCGAUGCUGUACUGUAACUUUAAUGCAGCAUUUGUUGAGUCGAGGUCCAGGCUUUUCAACUUUUCGCCCCGGUUUAAGGUACCCGUCAAGUCAACGGUCAGUACCUGGCAUACCACGUCACGACCACAGUAAGGUGACACAAGCAUCCUGGUUCCGCGAGUAGUGAUUCAGUAAACAUUCCAGUCGUUUGACCUAUUUGGAAGAUCGGUUCAUGUGAAGUGGAUCUUCCGUCCUAUGAACACGGAAGGAUGCUUGUAUGAGAAGAUACAAGUGGGAGUAGGUUGGCUUGGAGAAUGCGACGGUCCGUUACUUCAGCAUUAGUGCAGACAUCUGGGAAGCGUAGAAAAAUAUUCGGUUUCAAUAAAUGCAGAAUAUCUGAUUAUCUCAUGGAUCUUGUUGCCAUGGUAAGGGUUAGUUCAGACAGUUCCCGACGUCGAGCUGAUUAGUCAUAUCAGAGAGGGUCACUUGCUCCAUUCUCUGCAGCAAGCAGUAAGAGGCAACUGUGCCGAGCCAACUUCACAGUGCUCAUCAAGAACCAGGCUUGCUCCAGUGUGUUGAAACGGCAAGCGGAAUGUUCAUCAAGGUUUUGCUUCCAACUAACUGUUACAGCCCUCCAUUUAGGAGCCAUAAGAGUGAACAUGGCCUCAAUGUCAAUAUCUCGAUUCCAAGACAAAAUCAGGGAAAUCUUGUCGCUGCUUUGGCAGUCGAUGUUGCCUGAAAAGGGGAAGCGUUGAUGAAAGAAAGCCGUAUUCGAAGAACCAAAGUCUUAUGUGGUCGAUCUCCGUUCCCAAUCAGGAGCUGCGACAUAAGUACUGAUCUGCAGCCAGUGAAAAGAGAAAAGAACAUAAAGCAACCGGAAAGCUAACCUGCGAACUUAGUGAGCAGCGAGAUGCCAGCACACUAUCAAAUUGUCUCCUUUUCAAGGAGAAGCUUCUCGAAGAAUAACUGUACGUUAAUGCCAGACCAUCGUUACCAGGGUGUAUCCGAGGCGAUGAACAAAGAGAAGUAAGGAUACCAUGACUCUUGAAGUGCAGAAUGAUAAGAAUGAUAAGAAUGUUUGGAAUGUAAGGAAAAGCAGAAAACUCAGAGCUGAAAUAAACAUAAACUGAAAUGGCAAAAGCCGCAAGCAUAUUUGAAGCCAGGGGCAGUAUGGUCUAAGCAACAGUCAACGAAGGAAAGUAUCGCUAUGCCUCCAAUCUCUGGGAUUCAGUCUUAAUGUGGCACUGAGCGUGCUGCAGAUUUGCUGGAGAACAAAGUAAGCAAGGAGGUUUCCUCCGUUAUGGGUAGACACCCGUUUGCACAGAAAAGUGAAGAGAGACUAGAGCUCAUCUUGAGGCCGAAGGAGUCUAGGCAUUUGAAGAGAUUGGCAAGUUAAACUGCUCAGGAAGUCUGUUCCGGCGGUCAUUCAUAUGAUGCAACUCAUGUGCAAUUUGGAUGCAAAUCCUUGGAUGGACGAUAAAACCUUUGAGGAUGAGGAGCUUCGUUGGGAAAGCAGAAGCGAAGAAAAGACGGUUGAUGACCUGCCGGAGAAUGGGCUCCAGAAUGGUCCUAUCUUCACGUGGAAAUAAUGAAAUUGCCGAAGUUAUCCCGAGUAUCAAUAUCCCAGCCAAGACAAGUCACUUCACAGCAGUCGCAGCUCUACCACAACGGAAAUCUGCAAAAUGCUCAAAGCCCAACUGUACAUAUAGCUGUGCGUAUCCAAAUCAAGACUGGAAUGCCGUCCUUUUUCGCUUUCCAACAAGGCACCGAAUCUCGCACUCCCGCCAGCGAAAGCUCUCCUUUACUAGGACGAUUCCGAGCAGUUCCCGAUGCACAGCGACGAGCGAGGAGAAGCAACAGUGGAGGGUUCCUAGGAAGCCUUACUAGUGGCAGAGGGUUGGGGAGGCGGUAUAGCCUUGUGUUUGGGGUUGCCAGUGCUGGGGACAAUGACAGCGAUGAAGGAGAUUUAGUGGAUGGAGAGGAUAUGGGGGCAUUGAAGCGCUGGGGGAGGACGCAGAGGGAUCUCUGGCUGGAACCGAAGCAAGCUGUAGUAGCGAGAGUGGUAGAUAAGUGGUGGACUAGAUGGGCUGUUCUUGCUGUGCUGCCGGCUCUUUUGGCUGUGGCGUGGUGUGCACUGCCGUUUCCGCAAUAUGACUUACCGGAUGAUGAUGAGGUCGAUAUGUUUAAUGCGCUGGGACAUAAGACACCAGGUCACGGAGAAGCACUGGUAGAGAUAAACUUCUGGUUCUUCUUAUUUGUGUACUACGGAUUCUACAAUCUCACGGCCCUGAUGUGGAUAACGAAGGUCUUCAAUAUAUACAGUCUAAACUGGUGGCCGGAAAGUUUAGGAUUUCCGUUCACAGUUUCCGUCAUUGCAGCGAUCUCGGUAUCUGCCCCAAUUCCAAUAUACUACUUCCCACAACUCCGCCAGUUCACAGUACACAAUACUGCUUGGAUAUGCUGGACUUUCUUCACAAUGGGUAUGCCUCUGAUAUUGGCAUGUGGUAUUCUCCUCAACCAUGAGCGACAUCUUGGACUUCGGACUUCGUUAUCUGAUACGCAGCGAUUAUUCACGUCAUCCUGGUGGACUGGAGAUAAUGAUACCUUCUCUGGGAGGGAACGUCCUCGGAGACCGCAAGCCCAACAGUCGAUUUUCGAUCCAAAUGCGCCACUUGAAGUUGCCCUAGCAUCAGAUAGCAAUCGUGACCGAGACAGAAAUUUAGCGCUGAGAAAACGAUGGCUACCGGCCAGUUUUAUGCGAUUCAUUUGGUUCUGUGCUGCUCUUUAUAUUGCAAUGAUGGCAUAUGUCCUGGGAGAAGCAUAUGCGGAAAUAUAUCUCAGAACACUGCCACACAACACCUUCCAAACAAUUGUGUAUGUCUACACAUGGGUAGUGACUGUGCAUUUACUUGAUGCUCUUACAGGCUGGAUAUUGGGAGGUAGUGAGGGUGAGAGAGUUGGGAGCUACCCUUUGGGCUGGAUAUUCAAGCUUUACUUCUUACUGACGUAUCAAACCUAUGUCCGUGCCUUGUACGCCCGCCUACGCUCCCCUCAACAAUUCAUCCUGCUCCAGGUCCUCUCUUCCAGCCUGCUCAUCAUCCUCGCCCCUUUAACGAUAUCGAGGCCCUUCCACUACGUCAUUUCAGUCCUCUCCAUCAACGGCCAAAGCCUCCAAGAGUAUCAGAAGUUCUGUGCCAGAAAUAUCUUUCUCCGUUCCGCAGCUGAAAAUGUUUCAAUGCUAGCGUUUCUCGGAUCUAUCCUAGUGUUGCAUUAUGGGAGCAACAAAGACGUAUACCCAUAUUUCGCAUUUGAUCGGAAGCCAGCUGGGGACGUUGACUUAAGUCCUAUAGCUGGUGGAGAUGCCUAUGAUUUCGGGUUGACAUUCUAUGCUUCCAUUGUAACAUGGGCAUGCGAAAUAGUUGCAGCAUGGGUGGUGCGCCGGAUUCUCUGGUAUGGAUGGAAUGUUGAUGUGACGGGUGAGGCAAAGCAGGACCUAGGGACGUGGCCAGAACUCUUACCUACGGGUGUGGUCGUUAUGGUUCAUGUGCUCCAGAACAUGUUGUUUUCCAUCGUGCGGUUGAGAUUUCAUUGA